GUAUCUGAUGUAUACCCUGGACCAGUAUGUAGAGAGUGACUAUACGGUAGUGUACUUCCACCAUGGUCUCCGCAGCUGCAACAAGCCCUCGCUACACUGGCUACGAAACGCCUACAGAGAAUUUGACAGGAAGUACAAGAAGAACCUGAAAGCCCUCUAUGUCGUCCAUCCUACUAACUUUAUCAGAAUCAUCUGGAAUAUAUUCCAACCACUCAUCAGUCACAAGUUUGGUAAGAAGCUGACUUAUGUAAACUACCUGUCUGAGCUCAGAGAUCACCUGAGCUGGGAUCAGCUCAUCAUCCCACCUGAUGUCCUCAGGCAUGACGAGAGGCUGCAGGCGGCCCAGAAGGGAGGUCUGCACCCCUCAUCUAAGACUCCUCCCCCCAGACCUCCUCUGCCCACUCAGCAGUUUGGAGUCAGCCUGCAAUAUAUUGCUGAGAAGAACCAGGGAGUUCUGAUCCCUCCUGUGAUGUCCCAGACUGUGUCUUAUCUCAAAGACAAAGGCCUCCAGACAGAAGGUAUCUUCAGGAGGUCCGCUCGUGUUCAGCUCAUCAAGGACGUCCAGAAGCUCUACAACCAGGGGAAGCAAGUGGUGUUUGAGCAGUACGGAGACAUCCACGUGCCUGCUGUCAUCCUGAAGACCUUCCUCAGAGAGCUUCCUGAACCUCUGCUCACCUUCCCCCUCUACCACCAGAUACAGGACGUAGUCCGAGUGGAGAGCAGUCUACGAGUGACCACCUGUAAACACAUCCUAGAGAGACUACCAGAACACAACUACAUGGUGUUGAAGUACCUGCUCUGCUUCCUGAACAUGGUAACAACACCGCACGGCAACACACAACACCGCACGGCAACACACCACGCCGCACGGCAACACACCACACCGCACGGCAACACACAACACCGCACGGCAACGCACCACACCGCACGGCAACACACCACACCGCACGGCAACACACCGCACGGCAACGCACCACACCGCACGGCAACGCACCACACCGCACGGCAACGCACCACACCGCACGGCAACGCACCACACCGCACGGCAACACACAACACCGCACGGCAACACACAACACCGCACGGCAACACACAACACCGCACGGCAACACACCACACCGCACGGCAACACACAACACCGCACGGCAACACCCACACCGCACGGCAACACACAACACCGCACGGCAACACACAAACACCGCACGGCAACACACCACACCGCACGGCAACACACCACGCCGCACGGCAACACACCACGCCGCACGGCAACACACCACACCGCACGGCAACACACCACGCCGCACGGCAACACACAACACCGCACGGCAACACACAACACCGCACGGCAACACACCACACCGCACGGCAACACACCACACCGCACGGCAACACACCACACCGCACGGCAACACACCACACCGCACGGCAACACACCACACCGCACGGCAACACACAACACCGCACGGCAACACACAACACCGCACGGCAACACACAACACCGCACGGCAACACACAACACCGCACGGCAACACACCACACCGCACGGCAACACACAAACACCGCAAGGCAACACACAACAACAUGA